UCAGCCUCACUACCAAGCCCCGGUUCCUCCUCCAGUCUCGUUUGCGUCAAAACGUCGAACAGCUCGCACGCGCAACGCAGCCACAACCCCCACUUGCUGUUAACCAGCAGCAGUCGUCGCCGAUUCGCCGCCGUCCAAUGUCCGCCACCACCAGCCUCCCCCUCGCCGUCGCCGACGCCGUCUGGGCGGAGAUCAAGUCCGCGGGCCGCGCAUCCGACGAGCACCUUUCCAUCCUCGAGACGCUGUUCGGCAAGAACAUGCUUCGCGCCUGCAAGAUUGUCGACGAGCGCGGCGUCCGCCGCGUCACUGGUGCGCCCAGCGGCCGCUCGCUCUUCCUGGUGAUGGGGGAGUCGAAAAGGAAGGAGGAAUACCUCUGCUUCCCGGAGCACCUCUGCACCUGCUACUCCUUCUUCUACGACAUUGUAGGGCGCGGUGAGCAGCUCUGCUGUAAGCACCAGUUAGCGGCGCGGCUUGCAGAGGCUGUGGGCGAACACCAGGAGAUGGAAGUAACGGAUGAGGAGCUUGCACAUAUGCUUGCAAAGCUCUGAUGGUGUGAAACUUUGGAUUCUUCAUAAUGCACAUAACACUUAUGAAUUGUUUCUUACUUUCUUCUUCUCGCCCAGUAACACCGAUGCAAAGUAUUUAUGCAUACAGAAUACAAUAGGAAGAUGGCAUGCCAGAAAACUGGAUGGAGUCAGCAUUGCAUCAUCAUCCUUUUUGUUUAUAUUGAACAAUUAGCUUAUAAGAAUGUGGCCUGAUGUAUGCAUAUUCAUGUGAACUAAUUGAUGAAUUUAGAUGAAUAUAAUGUGUUCAGUGUUCAUUCGCUAUUGAGUUAGCUUCAUGUGUUCCUUUUAUGUAUUAUCUUCUUUUGACAAUAUAUUGUUCUUUCCUUCGUUUCUAUGAUGCCUUGCUGUAGCAAUGCUUGAGUAACAGUGGAAAGAAGAUACUAUUUCCCACUGUGAAGUGUGGGAAACAUCCAAGAUUUAUCCAACUUAAAGAUGUUGGCACAUAUGCCUCUUCGUGAGUAAAUAUAUUUCACAGUAAAUUAUGGUUAAUUGAAUUCUACAAGAGAGCAUCAGAAUGACAACUAAAGCAUUGGAAAUAGUGAAUACCUUUGGUUUAGUGUCUUGAGAAUUGAAAUCCUGAGUUUCCUCAUAAUUUAAUAUGUUGAAGAUAGUUCCAAUUGCCAAGUACUGCAUUUACAACAAUUUACAGUGUUAAUCUUGAUGGUUAUUUCAAACAGAUUUGAGGUUUUUCUAUGAUAGAAGAAUAUACUGAAUUGCAUAAGCUCAGAACACUGUGAUCAGCUUUUUUUUUUUAUUUGUUCGAACUACACCUCUUAGUAAAAUUUAAAGUCAUAUACAACCAGGGGAUGCUUCCCAGAGGAAUGUAACUUGCUUCCAUGAAAUUUGUUUCUGUUCCCACUCGCAAUGUCUUACCUGAUUUUUUUUUACAUGUGUUGUAACCACUGGAAGGACUGCAGUGAAAAUAUUGCAAUUCAAUUGUUUGUUUUGUUUUUCUCUUAUUGCAGUUAGUUUACUCAUGAUACAACCUGGUGACUUGCCAAAUAUUUCUCAUGGCAUCACUUAUCACAUAUUUACCCUUAGUUCACCUUGUUCUUAUGCUUUCACUAGAGAAUUCUUAUGCUUGCACUUCCUUUUCUACUGAAAAGAGAAUGUAAUCUUGUUCUUUCCAUGUAUACUUCGUUGAUAUGUCAAGGUGUUAUCACUCUUUUUCAUAUUCUUUCACAUUACUUUGAUGGAUUCAUUGAUACCUGCACUUUGAUGAUACAAUUUAUGUCAUGUCAAUUGACUACAGUAUAUGUAUUUGUAGGUGCUAGCUGCUUUGUUAGAUAUUUACAAGACUAAUAUGAUAAAGCCAACUAGUAUUGCAUGAUAGGCUUGAAGUCUCAAACAAUCAUGACAGCUAAGAUUUUCCAGCAUAUAAAUAUUUGUUAUUGCUAAAGAGACAAAUUUCUUGCAGAUGGUUUAUCUCUUAUAACAGUGUUUACCAAUGAAACAAAUGUAUGAAUGUGAACUGGACUCAUAACAGGAAUCUAAUUACCACAAAGAUGCAGAGUGCAAGCUAAGGUACAUGCCUUACCUUUUGGUUUGGUCUGUUUCUCUACAGAAAGAUCAAUUUAUCAUGAUAAAAAUCCAUAAUGGCUCCAUAGGUCGCUACUUCAUCACUUGGCCCUCCACAACUUAUCUUCAUCAUUUACAUUCCGUAAGUAAAUAUGCUCCACAAAACACCCAUCAUAAGUCAUCCCAACACAUUGUUGUUAUCCAUUGCAGCUUCUCGAAGAAACUGUGUUCUGUCAGGCCAAGACAGAUAUCAAUUGUACACUAGUUUACUUCAUAGCCACCAAUUGCACAUUUGCCUGGCAUACUAUCACCAAUUGCAUGUGACUUGGGCUUGACUGAGUUGAUUAUAUCUUUAACCAGUUUUAAGUAUGCAGUUGCAGAUUGGUUGAAACUGAUCCAAUAUAACCAGGUUCAUAUGGCCUAUGGGAUGGCAUGAUGCAAGAAACAACAGAGCAGAUAAAAGUGCAGUUGCUGGAUGUGCACAGGGGCAGGUUUAAAAUUUUCAUUCUCACCGUGCACUUUAUACUUGUUCACCCAACAGAAAUUGUUAAAAAAGAUUACACUUCUCAGAAAUGCUUAUAUAUAAUGGCCUAUCUGUGAAUUGCAAAUUUACAAGCGCAAGGUCAGAUCAAGAUUUUUCUCUGUUUGCUUCUUGGACUCCGGUGAACUUGCUGUGAAGCUCCCUGGCCAUACCAACCCUCCAGCUUCUUCCACUGCAAAAGGCAUCCAGGCACUCAUCUGGCCUCCAUCAAAUCUUGCUACGACAACAGCAGCUCUAUCACCAUGCUCCUUCAGAACUGUGGAGUGGGAGUUCACUCUCAAAGGUUGGAGAAUGGAAGCGGCUGGAGGGAGGCCCAUCAUCAUUUGAAACCUGUGUGACUUCCUUGCUGCACACCUCUCCCUCUUGUGUGCAUUCUGGUGUCCACCAAGGGCCUGCGAGCUGAAGAACUUUCUCAUGCAGUAGUUGCAGGAGAAAGUCCUAUGUGGAGUGGCCACCGAUUUGGCCUCCGGAGGCUUAGCUUCUUCACUUUUUGGCGCAUCAAGACCCAACUUCAGCCAGGGUACUGAGAGGAGAGGGUUGCUCAAGGUUUGUGCUAUCGUGGUUCACUCUGCUUUGCUAUAAAAAGAAGCCGAGGUCUGCGGGUGGCAAUAAUUCAACGAAAAAGGCAAGUUAUCGGUACUUUUAAGUGGACCAGGAUAUGCUCGUUUGCAGUAGUGGCAAACAUGUUGGUUCUUGUAAUUUCCGCAAGAUGAUAUGCCUGUCAUGUAUAGUGACAGGCUACAACAAACUUCAGUUUCUUGUCCAGCUCAUUCCUGAUCAGAUCUGCACCUGCUUUGGAUAGCAGCGUUAUACAUUUCUAUCAGGCACGGACGCUUGGCAAUGGCAUUAUUCAACACUAAAGCCUAGCUCAGCCUCCUCAAGCUACAUCACCACAUCGGUGGCUUUCAAAUGACUUCAGCCAUAUGGGUGUCUGCUCUUACCUGCCCUGGUGGUAUAUGCGGCUCGAUUUGGGGGAGGGGGCGAGACAGCCGGAACUGUAUUCUGAUGACGGGGAACCCUACGGGAAAUAGACACCUGCUGCUCUCUUUUGGACUAGUCAGAGAAGGAGGAAAAAAUCCUGAUGCUGAUAUGGUGUUAGUGGAAUGGUGACUCCGGGCGGCGGCUUGAUCCGGAGGUGGCGGCGGGCGAGCAGAGCAGAGCAGGCCCAGGCCCAGGCCUUGGUCUAUCGGCGUUCGCUGUAGGCAGGUGACGCCUGCCAUGUCGCUUUAUUGAUUGCCAUCAUAAGAUUAAGCAGCUUUCACUUCUUGUCUUCCUUCCUUCAUGUUACAGUUACGCAGUGUUGAGGCGAGGUUGAUUGAUCGAUCGUCAGUGGUGAACACAACUGGGCGGGGGAUUUUGUUCCAUUCCAUUCCAUGUGCUCUUUGGCGCGUCGUCUUGGGUGGGCGACAUCUUUGGCAGGGCACUGAUUCUGGUGCGCGCGUGAAGCCAGAAAGAAUGGGAUACUGGGACUGGGAUCCGUGUGGUGCUCCAAGCAGUUCCAUCUUCCAUGAUUUCCAUUCGGAUUUGCGGUCACAAUCUAUAAUCAGGAGCUGCAUAUUAUGCUAUCGCUAUAUGCCUUGGAGCCGCCCCUCGAAACUCGAAGUACUUGCUGGAGAGCCCUGUACUAUCCUGCCCGGCUGUGUGUGUAUGAUCCUGAUGUGUGUGUGUAUCCCGUACUGAAAUUGCUGGGUGGAUGACGAUUCCGGACAGAAACUGAUGAUCCUACGUGUCGGUCCGUGGGCUGCGCUGGGAACUGCGAAGGCGGGCCACCUCUGUACCCAGCGCGCCCGCCCCAGAACCAGACCCACCCACACCACACAUGCUUUCUCCUCA